GUUUUGGCUUCGCCUUCAGUUUGGGACUUGUUCCGGCGACCUUCGUAAUGCAACUGGUUACAGUCACGGACUCACAGUAGCCUCUCAGACUGAACUCCUCCUAAACCCUAACCCUCUUAAAUCCCAAUCGUCAGCUAUGGCUCUCAUUCUCCAACUCAGAACCAGAACCAAAAAGAAUACCUUCACAAAUCCUUCUCUCUUCCAUUUCUUCUCUACCUCCAAUUCCAGCGAUGAUGAACCCGAUUCUACCGCCACCUCCUGCGACGAUGCCACUCCUACAAACCGUGGUUCUCCUUUCUCUUCCUAUUUCAGCGAUGUCAAGAAGGUUCUCAAACAGGGUCAAUCCACUCCCUCCUGUUUCACCUCAAGCAGUCCCUCAAAUUCAUCUUUUACUGCUUCCGGUUCUGCUGCUCCGACGCCAUCCAAAGCUGCCUCUCUUGAUGAAAUCCGUAAGAACCUAACCCAGUUUCGGCGUCGUGUCUCGGAACCAGAUUCAACACCUCCGUCUUCACCUUCAUCUGAUCAAAUCUCAUUGCAGGAGAUCUAUAGGAGAAGUAUGGCUGGGAAACCGGAUGAGUCGACGCCAAUUGCUGGUUUAAGGCCUGGUAAAAUUGGAGGAAGACUCUCUUUCGAUGCGAUUCGUGUAAGCGUGCGGAAUGUAAAGCAGAAUGUUGAGCCCUCUCGAAAUGACAGGAAAGGCGGGGAACUAUCGUCGUUGUCGGCAUUUUCCGAGAGUUUAAGAAAGGAGCCUUCAUACUCCAUAGGCUCUCGGACAUCGUCGACGGUGAUAGGGGGGACGGCAUUACCGGUGUCCAUUUUUGGCAAGGAGUUGAGGGAGAAAGAGAGGGGAGAGAUAUCCGAUGAAAUGAAAAUGGAGUUUGUGAAGAGUUAUGAGCAUGAGGAGUUGGGAGAGAAAUUGAGAAAGUUGAGGCCGCCGGCAAAAGGAGCGGUCUGGUUUUCUCUGAGGGAGUUGAAUGAUAGGUUGGUGAAAUUGAGGGAAAUGGAUGAGAAGGAGAAUGAGCAGUCACGCAUUCCAGGCCUUAGCGUCAAGGAUUUGAAAGAGGUCUUCAUUAAGGUGAAUGCGUCUGGCAAACAGGAAAAGAAAAGUGCGCUGAGACUUGAUAUCUUGCGUGAGAUGGGCCGGACUCCAAGCUUCAUGCUGCAGCCUCCUAAGGAGCAUCUUGUCGAAAAGUAUUUCCAUCCAGACAACAUGUCUUCAGCAGAAAAGUUGAAACUCGAGCUUGCGAGAAUUAGGGAUGAGUUUAAAAUGUCUGAGUCAGAUUGUGGAUCAUUUCGUGUGCAAGUUGCACAACUCACAACUAAGAUUAAGCAUCUAUCUUCAGUUCUACACAAGAAGGAUAAGCAUUCUCGUAAAGGCUUGAUAGCAAUGGUUCAGAAGAGGAAAAGGCUACUGAAAUACCUCAGAAGAACUGACUGGGAUUCGUACUGUUUUGUGAUUUCCAAGCUAGGUCUACGGGAUAAUCCAGACACUAAGUACUGAAGAAAUGCCAUGACAUCUUCGUUUAGGUCGGUUGAGAGUGUGAAUAAUAUUAUUGUCAACCCCAGUCUAUUUGAAUUUUUGUGGGAGAGAUGAAUCACAUGUUGUCUUGGUUAAUUGUUAUCCUAUAGGAAACUUUUGCUUAGUUUUAUAUAUAUAUAUAUAUAUAUAUAUUGGGUGACAUGCACA